GGCGUUGGUGGGCUUCAUCGCGAUUGAAAGCAAAUACAUGUAUCUGGGAGAGGGAGGGACGGAAGGAGAGAGAGGAGGGCGUGUUCGGUUCAUCGCGGAAGAGGCUGCCUUGGGAGCGCACUGGGGGGAUCGAACGGCUCUGUCUCGGGGUAUAUGGAGAGGUUAUCGUUCGGAGGGCAGGAACAUCAUGUGCUAACCAACCAUGGUUCCUUAUCAGUUUCUUUCUAUGGAGAUCCGGAAAAGCCUGCGCUUGUUACUUACCCAGAUGUUGCUUUAAACCAUAUGUCCUGCUUUCAAGGAUUAUUUUUAUGUCCUGAAGUUGCUUCUUUGCUUCUUUAUAAUUUCUGCAUCUAUCACAUUAGUCCUCCAGGACAUGAGUUAGGUGCUGUUCCUAUAUCUUCGGAUGUCCCGGUACUCUCUGUUGAUCAGUUAGCAGAGCAGGUGGCAGUUGUGCUUGAUUUUUUUGGGUUGGAUUCCGUCGUGUGCUUGGGAGUCACCGCAGGAGCUUAUAUUCUUACCCUUUUAGCAUUGAAGUAUAGCAAACGUGUUGUCGGAUUGAUACUUGUUUCACCUUUAUGUAAGGCUCCCUCAUGGAAAGAAUGGAUAUGUAACAAGGUAGUGUCAAAUGUUCUCUACUUCUAUGGAAUGUGUGACGUAAUUAAGGAAUGGUUGAUUCAGCGAUAUUUCGGUGAGGAAGUUCGUGGAACUUCACAGGAUCCUGAAUCAGAUAUCGUACAAGCAUGCAGACGUUUGCUAGACGAAAGGCGGAAUGCCAACAUCUGGUGGUUUCUGCAGUCGAUAAAUGAACGUCAUGACUUAACAGAAGCAUUGAAGGAACUUCAAUGUAGGAUGCUAAUUUUUGUCGGUGAGAACUCUCCCUUCCGCUCAGAUGCCCUCGACAUGGCCACAAAACUUGACAGAGAAAACAGUGUGUUGGUUGAGGUUAAAAAAUGUGGAUCGCUCGUCACAGAAGAGCAGCCACAUGCAAUGCUAUCACCAAUGGAGUAUUUUCUUGCAGGAUUUAACCUGUACAGGCCCAAGGAACUAAGUUGCAGUCCAAGGAGUCCACUUAGUCCAUCAUGCAUCUCCCUGGAACUGCUCUCGCCUGAGAGCAUGGGCGUAAAGCUGAAACCCAUCAAGACUGGCAAGUCACUCGUAAGUAUCAAUUUUUAACGCAGAGGGGAUUCAGACCUUCAGCUAGGUGAAAAUUCACCCUUUAAAUGAUCAGUUUUGUGAAAACCUUAGAAUUUGAUGUAAUAAUUACAUCUGCUAUAGGCCGUUUGACAUAGACCAGGUUAUUAGAUAUAGAUCGAGACAAGAGAGGACAAGCUUCGGAAAGCUGAGAUUAUUAGUAAAUGAGAUCCUAUUGCAUUCAUUUUCAGUCAUAGCCUGUAAACCUUGUCUUGUUUACUUUGGACAUCAAUAAUAUAAACCUUGUCUUGUUUACU